UGACGUGCCGAUGGAAGAUACCAUACUAGUACGGUAGACAAGCAAGUCCGUGGCAAGUCAGCUUGCUUCAUUCUUGUUGGAGAUCUUCGACCAGUCAGCUGCUGGUAGCUACUCGAGUAGGAGACUCGUCACUCUGUUCACUUCUUCUUCAAAAGAAGAAGUACACCCUUACUACCGUAUACUUUGAAUUGACACUAGAUACUGGACCAUGGCUUCGAAGACGAAGGAGUCGCCGACACAGGAGGACAAAUCCAAGGCAGAAGAUCUGCGUCUUCAGGGCAAUGAUGCCUACAAAACGGAAGAUUUUGAGCGGGCCUUGGAGCUCUACAAGCAAUCUGCCGAGUAUUUUCCCCAGGCGAAUACCUUGUCCAACACUGUGGCUGUCCUCCACAAACUAGGAAGGUACGAAGAAGCCAAAGAAGCUGCACAACGGGCUACCGAGAUCGACCCCAAAUGGGCCAAAGGAUGGUGGCGCAGAGGAGUGGCAGCGGAGCUCCUCAAAGACUUUCAUUGGGCUCACACGUAUUACUCUGAAGCGGUCAAGUUGGACAAGAAAAAUGCAGUUUUUCGUCAGCACGUAAAUGAUAUCAAGAACCGAUUAAAGCUUGUAGAGGACGGAAAAUCCCCAAUGCCGGUUCAGGAGAUGAUUGAGCAACCCAUGACAGCCAUGGAUUUGCCAACAAUGAAGGCGUUCACGCGAGUACAAGCAUGGAUGGAGGAGGUUGGACCACAUGGAACUUUGUAUGACAUGGAACAACGCUAUGGCACAGCCAACACAUUGUACCAAAUGAAAGGUCCAACAUCAGAACAGUACCUUUUCCACGGGAUCUGCAGGUGGCUCACAGGAAUGAAAUGUGCUAUUGCCGACUUGGCAUCCAGCUUGUCUCAUCAAACGCUACAGUACGCCCAGAUCACAAGGCUCAAAGUCAAUUCUGGCAUCAUCACCUUACAAGAGAUCAAUCAUGCCGAGCGACUUUUGGGAGGAUUGCCUGCAGGUAAUGCAACCGACUCUUUGAUCAGUGCCUAUGCUCAUUUGGGAGGAAGAAAUGUCUUUAUUGAGACUGCUCCAGGCCGUAUUUGUCCCGCACCUGCAAGUCUCCAACGCUUCCUUGCGUACCAGAUCCUGGCUCAAUUGGGAUGUGUCCAAAAGUGUAUUAUGGCACUUCAACAAACGGACAACGAUUUUGGAUCGGAUAUGAAAUGUGCUCCAGGUGUCGUACAGGCUCACGUCACAUUCUACCAUAAUUUGCAAGCCCCUCCACCGAUCGACAUUAGCGAAAAAUCGCAGAACUGUACCCCCGAAGAGAUUCAAGCUUACGUCCGGGAGCAAGUAAAGGCGGGACGAAGCUGGUCUGAAGGUGGCCUCAGAAGUUAUGUGAGUGCCAUGUUUCGUGGAUCCAUCCUCUUUGCCACAGUUAUCCGAAGUAUGGGACAGCAGAUUGCUGCUGCCUAUAAUCAUCUCAAAUGGUCACGAGAAUUCAUCACCCUAUUGGACGAAGAGUACAAGGUGACGGAAAAUGGAUCCUAUGGCACUUAUGGGACAAGUUUCAAACCAUCCUUGAGGGUGGGUAUGAUCAUGGCCGAACUGGACUUGUUGACGGGCUUGCGUGGAGAUGCUGUCAAUGGACCCUAUCCAAUCUCCCUCGCGAUUGAUCUUUGUAUGGAGCUCUCCAGGCUGGCCAACAUAGUCGAAGACGAUCCAACCCCCAGUGAUUACCAAGAUGUUCUGCAAGAUGUCACCUGGCGACGCAAGCCAAUGGCAAUGGCGCAUUCGAACAUUGCCGCCCUGCUCAACGACCUGCGUUGCCGCACUGCCUGUCACGAGGAUUUUGUCCUUGUUGUGACUCAUCAUGGCUUGAUCGGGGAAGAGGAAGGGGAAGCAUGUGACCCCUUUGCCUUGAUAGCGAUUCACUACCGCAUUGCUGCUGAGAAUGAGUUGCCGGAUGCAGAGGAGGGCAGCAUUUUGUGGUGGGCCCAUGCGGCCAAUCUCGCUCAAGCCAAGAGCCAACGAACCCUUGGCGAGCUUCGCCAUGCCAUUAGCAGAGCCGAAGCCUGCGACGAAGCACGUGACACGGCUUUGUUUGGUGAAAACAUGCAAAAGAAUGGUGAAUACGAGUCCAUUGCAAAGCUGACGGCAAGACAUUUUGAAGAUCAACCUGACGAGUUCGUGUUUCCUAGAGUGAUUUUGAAUACGAAGCAAUCCACGGUCGAGCUGGUUGAUGGCACUGUGAUCUGUGACGAUUUUACUCAGUAUCAAGAGAACAACUUGCGACUUGCAUGGCAGCAAAAGGAGUCGGAACGCAUGAAGGAAGUCAUGGACACCAGCGCUCUUGAGAAGAAGUUCGGCCUAGUAGUGAAGAAAGGUCCUCCAUCUCUGGCGACGCUGUCCGUCCGAGAACUGCACAAGUCUGGGGCCUCAUUUGCCAAGGGUGAGACCGACGGCGAUGUUAUUGUCCAAAAAGCAAUGGAUGCAGCUGGCAAGGAGAAUGCUGAUGUUGAGGUUGCUCCCGUUCCCAAGUCCACCGUAUAGGGAACUGCACAUCGAGAAGCAGGGCGUAGUAGCAAUUAAAGAGAUGACUGCAACAGUGCACUGGUGCGGCAGUGAAUACGAAUGUUGCCAUGCAACGAUACAUGAACCUAAUUAUUAAAACCCGGUUAGACAAGG